AUGUUUUUUACCUGGGAUCAAAUCUCCUCACUGUAUCAACGGGAUUUGUUUGACCCUCAUUUGACGACCGUUUUGCCAUUACUAGAAACCAUUAGAGACAUUAACAGUGUGAUUCCAGAAGAUGAACUUCCUAAAGUGUUUGGGUGUUUGUUAAGAACAUUCGAUCAUUACCAAGAUCCUUCGACUAGAAAGCACUUAGAGAACACAGUGAUUGUUUUGAUGGCCUCACAUAAGCAAUUGGCUCCCUUAUUGGCAAAGUAUACCUUCCAUCAGGUGAAGAACCAAGUUAUAAUUGCCUAUUCAGACUUGUUGACACUUUUAUCGUGGUCCAACAGUUCUUUGUCUAUUUUGAAGGACUCCACUGAAUGCUUGGCCAACACAUUGGUCAAUCAGGUUUACAUUUUAUCUUUGUUGUUGGAGAGUUUGUCAGAAAGCCUGUCAGGAAGUCUGUCGUCUUCAAGUCGUAGACACGCAAGAUUAAUUGAAACUGCUGUGUUACAAACAGUCACUGCUUGGGCAAACACGAUUAACGAGAAUACUCAACAGGCAUUAUUUGUUGUUUCUCCUGUGGUAAAAGAGAAGGUCAAUGUUUUACUUGUUCAGUUGGGUUUGGUGCUGGCAGUCCUCCAAAGCGAUCAAGUAUCAAUCAACAAGCCUCAUAUCCAAUCUGCAUUUGUAUCUGGAGAAUACCCUAAGCAAUAUUUGUCUGCAUAUGUCGAUGAGGUUGUUCUAAGGAAGCACACAUUACCUCCACCUUGCUUAGCAUGCUUAUCAUUCUUCAGUAGUAAGUUUGUUACUACCUCUUAUGUCACUGAAGACGAUAUUGCCAACCUCAUUUUGCCAAACUUUGACAAGGCCAUCUUAAGAUCUUCUGAAUUGUUGUUGGGGUUAAUCAUUCCUCCCUUCUUUGUUGAUUCGAAGUUAGAAACCUUAGAUCUCACUCAAAGCCUAAGCACCACCACGAUUGGGAAAAAGUUCUUUGGCUCGUGUCUUACAGGUAUCAAGUCCACAAAGGAAUCUGUUAGAAUAGGAUCUCAAAGGAUUUUACUGGCUAUUAUUACUAAGAAUAUGGCUGGAGACGCAAGUUUCUUUAUUGAAGAAAUUACAAAGCAAAUUAAAUUGACUUCCAAUUUGGAUUUCAAAUUAGGGUUUGUUUCCUUAUUAAACCAAUUUCCUAUCCAUGAAGUGUCCCUGCCAAAGCUUGUCAAUUUAACGCAACCUUUGGUUACUAAAGAGGUUCAUGAUAGUGCACUUUCUCCAUUGGCAGACUCCUUCAUUACCCAUUUAUGGGCUUCUGAUGAGCCCACCAUAAUAAAGCAAUUAUCUACAACUGUCAACAACGGUCUUAAAGAUAAGAAACUUAGUCUUAGAAGAGCGUGGUUCACUUCCUUAGGAGACAGCCAAUACAACAAGCAGCAACACUUUCAAUUGAUCAAAGAGUACCUUUUGCCAACUAUGAAACAAACUUGGUUAGAAGCCGUCAAGUCCCCUGUGCCAACACUUACCAAUAAAGGUAUUGCGCUGGCUUUUGUUUACGUCUAUAUGGUCAACGAAGCAACGGAAGAACAAGCUCAAUUUGAAAGCUUAAAUGAAGUCAUUGAGUUCAUCUUGAACCCCAAAGUCUAUACUAAAUUAUCAACAGAUUAUGAAUUUGAGUGGUACAUAAAGGCAUUAUUCAGUUUGGCCAACACUGGUCUGUUUGCCAGUGAUUUACGAGGUAAUAAUGAGUUCUCUUCAAGUGUGCUCUUCCUUCAAUUAUCUCCUACUGUCCCCUUCAACUUUCAAAGAGAAGCAUUGACCAAGUUCACUGAUUUGGUUAAUUCCGAUAGCCAAUACGUUCCUAAUAUCAUUUCUGGUAUUUACAACUUGCUUAUGGAAGAGAAAAGCAGUAGUACGCCUACUGAUUGGAUCUACAAGAAUAUGUCAUCACUUUUCUCCACGCUUGUCCAAGUUCCAGCUCACCAUGAAGCGGAGCAGAACUUGGCAGCUCUUUUAUUGGCUACAAACCACCCUUCCAUUCCAAUUAAAAAUAAAUGGGUUGGGCUUGCACAACGUCGUCAACAAGAUGAAAUCGACGUGGGCAGAGUAGUCGGAGAUAACAUUCAAACCAUUUUGACGGACUUGCAGAAGUAUUCCGACAGCAAUAACGAAUUAAUACACCGUGCUGUUGUUGAUUCCUAUGCGGUGAUUGCAUUUAUUAGGACUGAGAUUGUUAUCCCACAUGUGGUCAAGCUUUUGAACUGUGACUUGGAUUUAAGCACAGUACAUGGCCUUUUGGAUGGUGAAGGUAAUGAAGAUUCUCUCAGAAUUUAUCAAGGUGAAGAUGAUGUUCUUGUAGUGGAUCCCACCACCAACAAUAGUAAGAAAGCAUCUCAAAUAGAUAAGAACUCUAAGGACUACGAAACAAAGAAAUGGGAAGCUGAUUUGGCCAAAGAACUAGCAAAGAAAGGGAAGGCUAAUGCUAACAAUAAAAAGUAUACAAAGGAAGAACAAGCAUUAAUUACUCAACAAUUGAAGAAGGAAACUGAAUUAAGAACAAGUGUUAAGUCUGAAAUCAGAAAGUUCAUUAGAAGCAUUGAUAUCAUCAACAAAUUAGCUCAGGAUGCCACUCAGGUGGAUAACGGGGCCAUUACGUGGUUCCCAGUUGCCAUUAACAAGUUAUUGGAAUUGUGCAAAUAUCAAAACUCCACCUUAUUACUUGCAGAUUUGCCUUGGAAGUCAUACAUUGAAUUGUCGAAAUUACUCAGUGAUAGAGUUGGUCCUCUAAAGCCAUUCAUUGGGGUUGCAACCCUAAGAAUGCUAGGCACACAAUUAUCUGACAAUUAUUUACAAGAACAAUUGUUAGAUUUGCUUUCAAGAAUUCUUUAUCGAGUCAAGAUCUUAUCGGAUCAAUCUCCAUUACCCUCCUUAUCAUUGCUGUAUCUCUUGCCACUUUUAUCUCAAGUUUUGGAGAAGGGGAAGGCCGUUGCUAUCAAGAACUCUACGACCAAAAAGGCCACUACUUCAGAAUUUGUUGAUGAAGAUCCAGAGGAAGAACAGCUAUUAUUGGCUGUGGAAAUUAUUUCAUUACAUGCUGAAUUAUUUGAAGAUGAUUCCAUUCCCCGGUCUCAGAUCUUGGAGGUUCUUAUUUCCUUAAUGAAGUUACCCACCAAGGCCAAGUUGUCUAAAGACUGUUUCUUAGCCAUGUGCCAACAUAUUGCUGUCUCUUUGAAUGCCAGUGACUUGAGGAUCCUUUUGAAUAACAUAGUUAUACCGGAAGUGUUUGUUCGAAACACCAUUCUUGAAGCCAUUGAUCUGGAGUUUGAUUUAACAGACAUUGAAGGAGGAUUGACGUACUCUAACGAACUAUGGAUUGCAGUUCAAGAUAAUGAUGCAGCUACUCGGGCAUUGGCUAUAACAAUCUGGGAAGAUAACAACUUGAUGGUUGUGGAAGACGCUCCUAUGCAAUUGUUGCAAUAUGCUCACGUUAAGGAUUCGGGAUUAAGACUUUCAAUUGCUAAAGCCAUUUAUUCUGCUGUUAAUACUUUAACAGAUGAAGGUAUUCUUACCAAGACGUUUGAUUCAAUGAUAGAUCUUUACCACAUAAAGAAAAACCCUCCACCUCCAAAAUUGGACAGAUUUGGUUUGGUUAUCAGAUCUCCUUCAGACAACAAAGAUACCUGGGAAGAAAGAUCCACGAUUGCGUUGGCAUUCAAGUUAUUAUCACCAUUAAUUUCCGACCAACAGACUAUCUCCAAGAUCUUCAACUUUCUUGUUGAUGAAAAGGCCUUGAGUGAUAAGGAAGAUUUGGUCCAUCAAGAAUUGCAAGAAGCCGGUGUGGAAAUCAUUAAGGAACAUGGCUCCAAAUAUAUGGAAACAUUAAUUCCUAUUUUUGAGGAUUGUUUAUCUGCCAAAGAUGACGGUUCAAAGACUCAAGAUAGAAUCAGAGAAUCAGUCAUUAUUUUGUAUGGAGCUUUGGCCCGUCAUUUAAGUUCUGAUGAUGAUCAAAGACUUAUUUCCAUUGUGGAAAGAUUAAUCAAAACUUUGGAUACUCCCUCUGAAGAUGUUCAAUAUGCCAUUGCCGAAUGUUUAGCACCAUUGGUACCUUCAUUUGAAUAUAAAUUGCAAGGAUACUUUGACCAAUUAUUUGAAACCUUAUUUACUUCCCCCAAGAUGCCUAGAAGACGAGGUGCAGCCUAUGGGAUUGCUGGGUUAGUUAAAGGAUCAGGUAUUAAAGCAUUGACACAAUAUGACAUUAUCAGAACCUUAACAGAUGCUGCAGAUGAUAAGAAGAGUCCUAUCAAAAGAGAAGGUGUUUCAUUUACUGUUGAAGCAUUAUCUUUAUGUUUAGGGAAAUAUUUUGAACCUUAUGUGAUAGAAAUCUUGCCUAACAUUUUGAAAUCAUUGGGUGAUUCAACUGCUGAAGUUCGUGAAGCAACAGAUUUAGCUGCCAAGCAAAUCAUGAAGUCCACCACAUCAUUUGGAGUUAAGAAGUUAAUUCCAGUUGCCAUUUCCAACUUGGAUGAAAUUGCUUGGAGAUCCAAGAAGGGGUCUGUCGAAUUACUUGGGUCCAUGGCUUAUUUGGAUCCAGCUCAAUUAUCAGCUUCUUUAUCCACUAUUGUGCCGGAGAUAGUUGGUGUUUUAAAUGACACUCAUAAGGAAGUUAGAAAGGCUGCAGACCAAUCUUUGAAGAGAUUUGGUGAAGUUAUCAGAAACCCUGAAAUCCAAGAAAUAGUUCCUGAUUUAAUCCAAGCUAUUGGUGAUCCCACAAAAUACACUGAUUUGGCAUUGGAUAAAUUGAUAACCACUAAAUUUGUUCAUUAUAUUGAUGGACCUUCUUUGGCAUUGAUUAUCCAUGUUAUUCACAGAGGAAUGAAAGAUCGUUCAGCUGCCACCAAGAAGAAAUCGUGUCAAAUUGUGGGUAAUAUGGCCUUCUUAGUUGAUGGUAAAGAUUUGAAACCUUAUUUGACAGUUUUAGUGAAUGAACUUGAAGGUGCAAUGGUUGAUCCAGUACCUGCUACCAGAGCUACAGCUGCCAGAGCAUUAGGAUCUUUGGUUGAAAAGUUGGGUGAAGAACAAUUCCCAGAUUUAAUCCCAAGAUUGUUAGCAACAUUACAAGACCCAGAAAAAGCCGGUGAUCGGUUAGGUUCAGCUCAAGCCUUAUCUGAAGUAAUUUGUGGGUUGGGUAUCAACAAAUUGGAAGAAUUAAUGCCAAUUAUCUUACAAUCUGCUUCCAGUGGUAGAAACUAUAUUCGUGCCGGAUUCAUGCCGUUAUUGUUGUUUUUGCCUGUUUGUUUUGGACCACAAUUUGCUCCUUAUUUAUCUAAAAUCAUUCCUCCUAUCUUAGCAGGUUUGGCUGAUACCGAUGAAGAAAUCAGAGACGUGGCUUUACGCGCGGGUAGAUUAAUUGUCAAGAAUUAUGCUAAGAAAGCCGUGGACUUGUUAUUACCUGAAUUGGAGAAGGGUUUGGCUGAUUCCAAUUAUAGAAUUAGAUUAUCAUCUGUUGAGCUUACCGGGGACUUAUUGUUUCAAAUCACGGGUAUCUCCGGGAAGAAUGAACUUUUGGAAGAACAAUAUGAAUUUUCUGGUGAAGUUAACAAGACUCUUGUUGAAGUCUUGGGUCAAGACAGAAGAGAUCGGGUUUUGGCAUUAUUGUUUGUAUGUCGUUCUGAUGUUACAUCUAUUGUUCGGAAUGCUUCUGUUGAUAUUUGGAAGGCUUUGGUUGCCAACACUCCAAAGACAGUAAAGGAAAUUUUGCCCACAUUAACGACAAUUAUUGUCCGUAAAUUGGCCCUGGAAGAUGAAUCUCAAAGAACUAUUGCUGCCCAAACCUUGGGUGAAAUGGUUAAGAGAGUCGGUGGAAACGCCCUUACCCAGUUGUUACCAACUUUGGAACAUUCCAUUGUUAAUUCUAAUGAUGAUGCCACUAAACAAGGUAUUUGUAUUGCGUUGACGGAGUUAAUUAAAUCCUCAAAUACUGAUACCAUUGUUGAGUUCCAAGAUGUUUUCAUCAAGAUUAUUCGUGUUGCCUUGACAGAACAUGCUCGUGGAGUCAGAGAAGCAGCUGCUGGGGCUUUUGAAGCCUUGCAAGAUGAAUUGGGUAAAGUAGUCAUUGAUGAGAUCAUUCCAUCUUUACUUGUUAUGCUUGAAGGUGAAGGUGGUGAAUCUUCUAAUGCUUUAUCAGCAUUGGAAGAGAUUAUGGCCACUAAAUCCGAAGUUAUCUUCCCUAUUUUGAUUCCUACCUUAUUAACAUCUCCUAUUGAUUCAUUUAAGGCUCAAGCACUUUCAUCUUUGGCUUCUGUGGCAGGUUCUGCCUUGUUCAAGAGAUUAUCUUUAAUUAUCAACACUUUGGUUGAUGCAGUCAUAGACUCGGAAGCCAGUAAUACUGAUUCUGAGGUUCUUAAACAAUCAUUCGAUAAGAUUUUGGCUUCUAUUGAUGGCGAUGAAGGGGUUCAUCCAUUAAUGCAACAAUUGCUCUCUUUAGCUAAGCACGAAGACAAGGAAAGAAGAGCAGUUAUCUAUGGAAGAUUGGGACCAUUCUUUGCCAGUACCAACUUAGAUUAUUCUGUCUAUUUGCAGGAUAUGGUUGGACAGUUCAUCUUAUCAUUGGGAGAUCCUUCACCUGAAGUGGUUAGUGGAACAUUAAAUGUUUUGAAUGCAUUGAUCAAGAAACAACCUAAAGAAUCAUUAGAUAAACUUAUCAAACCUGCUCGUCAAGCUUUAAGUAUCACUGGAGUUUCUGGUGAAGAUUUGGCCGGGUUCAGUUUACCAAAGGGUCCCAACUGUGUUUUGCCCAUCUUCUUACAUGGUCUUAUGUAUGGAACUGCUGAACUUAAGGAGAUGUCUGCGUUGGGUAUAGCUGAUGUUAUCACCAAGACUCCAGCACUGAACUUGAAACCAUUUGCUACCACCAUGACUGGUCCCUUGAUCAGAGUGAUUGGUGAGAAGGUUAAUAGUGACAUCAAGGCAGGUAUCUUGGUAGCAUUGAACAGUUUGUUGUUGAAGAUUCCUCAGUUCUUAAGACCUUUUAUUCCCCAAUUACAAAGAACAUUUGUUAGAUGUUUACUGGACCCCACCAACAGUGUACUUAGAAACCGUGCCGUGGUAGCUUUGAGUUCCUUAAUUGAGUUCCAACCUCGUGUUGAUUCCUUGGUAUUGGAAUUGGCUACCGGAGCUAAAAACACCACUGAUCAGGGAGUCAAAUCUGCCAUGUUAAAGGGAAUGUUGGAAGUCUUGAGUAAAUCUGGUCACAACAUGAGCGAAGCCAGUAAAACAAGUAUCAUGACCCUUGUGGAAGAAGAAUUGAAUAACACUGUGGUUGAGGAUAAGUUUGUGGUUCCGUAUGCCCGGUUAAUUGGGUCAUUGGCUCAAGUACUUUCCACUGAAGAAGCAUCCAAUCUUUUACUCCAGAAGAUCUUGAACAAACCUGUUGAUAAGUUUGGCAUCUUGUGUCUUAACUCAUUCCUAAAGUAUGCACCUUAUCAUAUCUUCCAGUCCCAAUUGGAGGAACAGAUCAUCGUCAAAUACAUCAUUGAAUGUUCCAACUCAAGCAAAGAUUACAUUAGUGACAACGCCACCCUCGCUAUAGGGAAACUCCUUUUACUUGUAGGAGAAACCCAUUCUCCAACAUCGAAAUCUGUCGAUGGUACUGUUCCCUUCACCAUUGAAGAUGAGCUGUUGACCAAACAGUUGAUGUACCAAUUGGCUAAGAAUGCCGUGGAUCCAACGUCUUCCUCUCCUGAUACCAGACGUCUUUCACUUGUGGUGAUACGAACCAUUUCCCGAGUGAAACGUGAUCAGUUGACCACCAAGUACUUGGACAUUUUGGUUCCUAAUGUGUUUGCUUGUUUAAGGGAUGCCAUCAUCCCCAUCAAGUUGGCAGCAGAGAAGGCAUAUUUGGCCUUGUUUAACAUGAUUGAGGAUGAAACGUCAUUAAGCUUGUUCAACCAAUGGUUUGACGAUAAGGCUACGUUUGACACUGUGACGGGUCAACUGAUUGUACCUCGGUCCAUCAAUGACUACACCAAAAGAGUGGCUGUCAGAUUGGCAAAUGUGGAAAGAGAAAGAAUAGAAGCCGGGGGAGACAAAGAGACCAUGUUUAGUGAUCAGUACGAAGACGAAACUGAAAUAUGGGCUGUUGGAGGUGUCGAAUUAAAUAACAAUUAG